AUGUUAGGCUUCUUGGUCCUGACUUGGAUUUUCAUUUACCUCUUCAUCCUCUUCAUCCGGAUCCAGAGGCCCAAGAACUUCCCUCCUGGCCCCUGGCCUGUGCCCAUUUUUGGGAACCUGUUUCAGCUGAACAUCACCAACCCUCUGAAAGACUUUGAGAGGUUAGCUGAGCGCUAUGGAAACAUUUACAGUCUCUAUAUUGGAGGAACACCUGCCGUUGUCCUUACUGGUUUUAAGGCUAUAAAGGAAGCUUUAGUGACCAAGGCUGCAGACUUUUCAGGACGUCCACAAAACCUUAUGGCCAGCCAUGUAACAGAAGGAAAAGGAGUUAUCAUGGCUGAUUAUGGUCCUGGUUGGAAGGAGCAUCGACGCUUUGCCCUCAUAACUCUGAAGAACUUUGGCAUGGGGAAGCAGUCUAUGGAGGACAGGAUUCUGGGAGAGACCAAGCACAUUGUUUCACACCUAGAAAAAAGUGCUGGAAGCUCCAUUAAUCCUCAGACUUUGUUCCACAAUGCUGCAUCAAACAUCAUCUACCUGGUUUUAUUUGGUAUUCGCUUUGACUACGAAGAUGACACCCUCAAGAAGUUUAUUUAUCUCUUCACUGAAAAUGCCAAAAUCCUCAAUGGAACCUGGGGAAUGAUAUACGAUACACUUCCUAUGGUGAGAAACCUGCCCCUUCCCUUUAAGAAGGCUCUUGAUAAUGCUGAGAAACUGAAGAAAAUGGCAGCAAAGAUGAUCAACAAGCACAAGACAACAAGAGUGCUAGGAGAGCCAAGAAACUUUGUUGACUGCUAUCUGGAUAAGCUUGAUACGGUGAUGGCUGAUGGCUCUUCCUUUGCUGAGACUCAGCUUUUGAUGUAUAUACUGGAUCUGCACUUUGCUGGGACUGAUACCACCUCCAACACUCUGCUCACAGCGUUCCUCUACCUCACAACACAUCCAGACAUUCAGGAGAGAUGUCAGAAGGAGAUUGAUGAGGUUCUGGAUGAUAAAGCUCAUGUGUCAUUUGAGGACAGACACAACAUGCCAUUCACACAGGCUGUGAUCCAUGAGUGUCAGCGCAUUGGCAAUAUUGUCCCUCUGAGUGUAUUUCACUGCACCAGCAGAGAUACUAAACUGAUGGGCUACAGCAUCCCAAAGGGAACUGUCAUCAUUCCAAACCUCUCUUCAGUGCUGAGUGAGGAAAGCCAGUGGAAGUUUCCACAUGAGUUCAAUCCAGCUAACUUCCUGAAUAAUGAGGGACAGUUUGAGAAGCCUGAGGCCUUCAUGCCAUUUUCUGCUGGGCCUCGUAUGUGUCUUGGUGAAGGUCUGGCUCGCAUGGAGCUCUUCCUCAUCUUGGUCUCUCUGCUGCGUCAGUUCCAGUUCUUCUGGCCAGAAGAUGCAGGAGAACCAGACUAUACUCCUGUAUAUGGAAUCACACUCACACCCAAAGCAUACAAGAUGGUAGUCAGACUGAGACAGACAGCAAGAGAGAUGUAG